CAGCUAAGAUUUUUGCUAGAGAAAGAGUUGGAGAGGAGAAAAGGACCCCCCCCCAAAAAAAAGAAUGGAGGCAGGAGACGAAGCUGCGGUCGAUAGAGUGGUCGACUCCAAGGAUUUACAGCAGCAGAGCAAAGCCCUCGAUAAGCUCACCGAUCGCGUCGAAGAUCGCCAGCUCGAUUCCACUCGAGUUCAAGAGGCUAUGGCGGCUCUCAGUUCGUCUAAAGAAGCUGAUUUAAAUGCCAUGAGGAUGAGGGAGAAAGAAUUAGCUGCUGUUAAGAUCAAUCCUGCUGAUGUCGAUAUAAUCGCAAACGAGCUUGAGCUGGACAAGAAGGUAGCUGAGAGAACGCUACGUGAGCAUAAAGGCGAUACCGUCGCUGCCAUUCGCCACUUGCUUCGCUGAAGGGCCUUGUAGUUUUUUUUUGAAUCUGUUUUUUAUCCUUAAUGAAUGAUUCUGGAACAAUUAUCACAACUCAAGAUACAAGGGAAAGAUGCAGGAUGAGAUGUUUCACCCUUGUAUUAACUCUUGCAUUGUAGUUUUGAAGGAACCAAGUUUUCGUCCGGUAUUUUUAGUUAAUCUGAUCGCAUGGCAAGCUUGCUUCGAAUA